AUGAACACUCCUAGUAGGUGUCUUCAAACUAGUAGCGAUAUAACGAAAACGACAAUCACACUGUGCCACGUUUUCACACUCUCUGUACAGUUUUUGGUACAGUUGUCGCGUCGUCGUGAACAUGCCACAAAGAUAUUAUUGGGGGACGCCUCUGCUCCUACAUAUUCACUUCUGCUGAUGCCAAGCAACCAUACUCUAUUACUAUUCCCGGCGAUGUCUAUAAUUCCACUCAUCACAUUGAUGUCACUCAUCACCUCCAGGCAAUCUCGUCUUCAGCGAUAG